AUGGGUGUAAUUCGAAAGAAGACCGCCUCGCGCGGUACGGAGGCUGGGACGAAAUACCACUGUGAUAUUUGCUCUGUGGAUGUAACCUCAACGGUCCGCGUUUCCUGCGCCCAUCCCGCUUGUCAUGAAUACGACCUCUGCGUUCCCUGUUUUGCUGCUGGAGAGAAAUCCAAGAACCACGACCCGACUACGCAUCCAUACCAAGUGAUUGAGCAGAAUUCGGUUCCCAUUUUCCAGGGGGACUGGGGGGCGGAUGAGGAGCUUUUGCUACUGGAGGGAGCCGAUAUCUACGGCUUAGGAUCGUGGGCUGAUAUCGCGGACCACAUUGGUGGCUAUCGGACGAAGGAGGAAGUCCGGGAUCAUUACAUUAGCACCUAUGUGGACAGUCCGAAUUUCCCGCUACCAGAGCGCGCUGAUCCCGAUGAUACACGACUUUCCGACUCGGUCUCCAAGGAAGAAUUCCAAUCACGAAAGAAGCGACGCAUCGAGGAGCGCAAGGAAGCGGCCAAGGUGGCUCCCCCGACCACGCCGAAGCAGAAACCAACUGCCAGUGUACCUGCAUGCCAUGAGGUACAGGGUUACAUGCCUGGGCGGUUGGAAUUCGAGACGGAGUUCAUGAAUGAUGCUGAAGAGGCGGUGCAACACAUGGCAUUUGAGCCAGGCGCUGGGGGGACUACGAACGGCGAAACGGAUGCCGAGAUGGAACUGAAGAUGACGGUGGUCGACAUUUACAAUUCCCGACUUACGGCUCGGACGGAACGGAAGAAGGUCCUGUUCGAGCACGCUCUCCUCGAGUACCGGAAGAACACGGCGUUGGAGAAGAAGCGCACCAAAGAAGAGAGAGAUCUUAUAAACAAGGGCAAACCGUUUGCUCGGAUGAUGAACCAUGAUGACUUUGAGGAGUUCAAUAAAGGCCUAGAAUAUGAGCACAACCUACGGCUAGCGAUUUCACAGCUGCAGGAAUGGCGACAGAUGGGAAUCGGAGACCUCAAGGGCGGAGAAAAAUACGAGCAAGAGAAGCAGCAACGUGCGCAGAAACUCGUGCCACAAGGAUCUUUCGAUCGGUUCGCCAGCACACGCCCGAAGCAGUCGCAACUUCCGGAGCAGCCAUCUGCCGCCAAUCAAUUGACAACACCGGAACUCCCGCUGCGGUUACAGAAGGCAUCUGGCACUCCGAAGCCCCCGGAGCCCGUCAAUCCGCCGCUGAACGAUUUUGAUCGGGCAUUCGCCAGCAAUGGGGACGGGCUCAGCACUCCUCAGUCGACCAAGACCAAGUUCGUGGUACAGCCGCUGAACGGGGUGAUACCGUGGAAGUUGGAGAACGAUGGCGCGGCAGACCUGCACUUGUUGACCAAGGAGGAGAUUGAAGUGUGCAACGUGCUUCAUAUCCAGCCGAAACCGUAUCUCGUGAUCAAGGAGACACUGUUGAAAGAAGCAAUGAAGCAGGGGGGGAGCUUGAAGAAGAAAGACGCACGAACCAUCUGCAAAAUCGACAGUAACAAAACCAGCCGGAUCUACGACUUUAUGGUGCACAGUGGCUGGAUCAACAAGGCGUAG